UGCGCAAACAGGCUCAAGAACCUGAGGUCACUUCCUUCCAUUACCAGCGUGGUGAAGAUGGCGGAGACCAAGUCGGUGCCGAGUGAUUUGUAUAAAUGCGUAUACUCGUUUUUGUUGGAGAACAAAUUCACUAAGGCGGCUCAGCAAUUUGUUAGACAAAUUAAAGUGAGCCCACAGGAUCCAAAUGAGGAAAGCCUUCUUAACAUAUACGACUUCUGGGUGAAAUCUCCACAAGCUAAGAAACGAAAAGCAUCUGCUGACAAGACUGAAGUCACUGGCCCAUCAGCCAAGAAGGCAAAAGCCAGCAAAGAUGGCUCCAGCAGUGAAGAGUCCAGCAGUGAGGAAGAUAAAGCUGAUGCUAAACAAAAAAAGGCUACCGCUGCUGCCAAGGCAGCACCUAUUAAGGCAGCAGUUACCAAAGCUGAAUCCAGCAGCAGUGAAGAAUCAAGUGACUCUGAAGAAGAGAAGGCCCCAGCCAAGGCCCCAGCCAAGGCCCCAGCCAAGGCCCCAGCCAAGGCUCCAGCCAAAGCUCCAGCCAAGGCUCCAGCCAAAGCCGCAGUUAAGGCUCCUGCCAAGGCUCCUGUGAAGCCCCCUGCAGCUGCAGGCACCACAAGGAAGAAAGACAGCAGUUCUAGCAGUGAGGAAUCAGACUCUGAAGAUGAGAAGGCCACCAAGGCUCCCCCAUCAAAGCCAAUGGCGGUUACCAAGGCCAAAACUGCUACUCCUGCUAAAGGAGCAGCUAAAGGAAAGGAAGAAAGCAGCAGUGAAGAAAGUUCCUCUGAGGAUGAGGAACCAGCCAAGGCUCCAGUCAAACCUGCCCAAGUGAAAUCUGUUGCUGCAGCGCCAGAGUCAAGCAGUGAAGACUCGUCAUCUGAAGAUGAGGCUCCACCCAACAAGAAACCCAAAUCAGGAGUAUAUAGUGCAGUCCCACCUCCUGCUUCAGUCCUGAAUGCUCCAAUUCCAUCAGCAGCCAGCAAGGCCAAGGACGACUCUUCAGACAGCAGUGAUGAAGAUGAAGGGAAGAAAGUAGUUGCUAAACCUGCCCCCACGAAAAAGGCAGCAGCUACUAAAUCUAUAGUGAAGAAGCCCGCUGCAGAAAAAGAAUCCAGCUCGGAAAGCUCAGAUUCAAGCUCAGAUGAAGAGACAAAAAAAACUCCAGCCAAGGUCACAGCAUCAAAAGCAGCCCCAGUGAAACGGACCCCAGCAAAAAAAGAUGCUUCAUCAAGCUCAGAUUCAGACAGCAGCUCAGAAGAUGAAGCUCCAGCAAAGCCAGCUACUAAAGCAGCUAAAGCCAAGCCUGCUGCGAAGGCUGCUGUUCCUGCUACUAAGGCCUCCACCACUGCAGCAGAAAGCAGCUCAGACUCUGACUCGUCCUCUGAAGACGAACCAGUGAAAGCAAUGCCAGCAACAGCUAAGCCUUCCUUCCAAGCUCCCAAACCUGCCACUCCUGCUGGAAAACCUUCUGCCGCUGUGGCAGCGGAAAGCAGUUCAGACUCCGACUCCUCCUCCGAAGAGGAAGAACCAGUCAAAGCCAAACCGGCAAAUGUUAAAUCUGCCACCCCUACUUCAAAAACAUCUACUGCUGUAACAAAAGCUGCUGCCAAAACAAAGCCACCAGCAGCAAAAAGCAGCUCAGAGUCAGACUCAUCAUCUGAGGAUGAACCACCUGCUAAACAGAAGGGACCCAAACCAAAACCUGCUGCAAAGGCUGCUGUUCCUCCAGGAAAGGCUGCAACACCUGCAGCAAAGACGGCUGCAAAAGCCCCAGAAAGCAGUUCAGAGUCCGACUCCUCUUCAGAAGAGGAAGAACCAGUCAAAGCCAAACCAGUAAAUGUUAAACCUGCCACCCCGGCUUCAAAGGCUGGUGCUCCAGCAAAGGCAGCAGCGAAAAGCAGCUCAGAGUCAGACUCAUCAUCUGAGGAUGAACCACCUGCUAAACAAAAGGGACCCAAACCAAAACCUGGUGCAAAGGCUGCUGUUCCUCCAGGAAAGGCUGCAACAUCUGCAGCAAAGACGGCUGCAAAAGCUGCAGAAAGCAGUUCAGACUCUGACGACUCCUCUUCAGAGGAGGAAGAACCAGUCAAAGCCAAACUAGUAAAUGUUAAACCUGCCACCCCGGCUUCAAAAACAUCUACUCCUUUAGCAAAAGCUAAGUCGGCAGCAGCGAAAAGCAGCUCAGAGUCAGAGUCAUCAUCUGAGGAUGAACCACCUGCUAAACAAAAGGCACCCACAACAAAACCUGCUGCAAAGGCUGCUGUUCCUCCAGGAAAGGCUGCAACACCUGCAGCAAAGACGGCUGCAAAAGCUGCAGAAAGCAGUUCAGACUCUGACUCCUCCUCUGAAGAGGAAGAACCAGUCAAAGCCGAACCAGCAAAUGUUAAAUCUGCCACCCCGGCUUCAAAAACAUCCACUCCUGUAGCAAAAGCUAAGUUGGCAGCAGCAAAAAGCAGCUCAGAGUCAGACUCCUCAUCUGAGGAUGAACCACCUGCUAAACAAAAGGCACCCACAACAAAACCUGCUGCAAAGGCUGCUGUUCCUCCAGGAAAGGCUGCAACACCUGCAGCAAAGACGGCUGCAGCAAAGACGGCUGCAAAAGCUGCAGAAAGCAGUUCAGAUUCUGACUCCUCCUCUGAGGAGGAAGAACCAGUCAAAGCCAAACCAGUAAAUCUUAAACCUGCUACCCCGGCUUCAAAAGCUGGUGCUCCAGCAAAGGCAGCAGCAGCGAAAAGCAGCUCGGAGUCAGAUUCCUCAUCUGAGGAUGAGGAACCAACAAAAGCUAAUCCAGCUACAGCUAAACCUGCUGUAAAGGCUGCUGCUCCCCCAGCAAAGGCUGCUGCUGCUGCUACAGAAAGCAGCUCUGACUCAUCAGAGGAAGAUGACGAGCCUCCUAAAGCCAAGACAGCUGCAACUAAAGCAACGACUCCUAAACCUGUUGUCAAAAAAGCUGCAGCACCUAAAGUGGCCACAAAACCCACCAAAGCUCCAGCAGCAGAGUCCAGUGAUGACACCUCUAGUGAUGAGGAACCUACCAAAAAGGCGACAGUGGUAGGCAAGCCUGGAGCUACGAAGGCAGGUGUGGCAAAGAAGGCUCAGGAGACUGUUGUUGCCAAUGGUAGAUCUCCCAAAGCUGUAUCAGCUAAGCCUGCAGAGUCAUCAUCCAGUGAAAGCAGUUCAGAGGAGGAAGAGGAUGCCACUAGUCAAACUAUUGUUAAAACCUCCACACCACUGCCGUCCACCAAGACUGCCACAGCACCCACCACUCCCCAAACUAAUGGCACCAAUGGAAAGCAAAAGGAUGAGGCCUCUGAAAGUGAAGAACAGACGAAAACCAAGACUCCAAAAAACAAGAGGGCGAUCACGACACCACAGACGUUUCCUAAAGCAAGUAAAAAUCCCACUUUGCCGUUCCGAAGAAUACGGGAGGAAGAUGUGGAGGUGGAUCCUCGUCUUGCAGAUAAUUCUUUCGAUGCUAAGUUUGGGUCCAACGGCGACUGGGGCCAGAAAGCCAACGACGACCUCCGCUUCACUAAAGGCAAAUCGUUUCGCCAUGAAAAGACAAAGAAAAAGAGGGGAAGUUACCGAGGCGGCGCCAUUUCCACCACAGUCAACUCUAUCAAGUUUGACAGCGAAUGAACAAUGCCCCCUUUUUUGUUUUUUUUGGCUCCUUUCACCUGAACUGUACAGCACCUGUGUGAAGCAGCGCGGCCAGUCGGCUGGUUACUCCCUCCGGUAACUGAUGUAGAAGCAGCACAUAGCCUGCAAACAUAGCAGAUCCAAUACAGAACCGUUAAUGUUUGAAAUUUGAUGGUGAAACAGUGGAUGCACAAUGACCACAUGUAGCCACUAGGUGGCUUAGGAUCACCAGUCCAUGGUAAAUCUGCUGAGUAGGCCUUUUUAUGAAAUGCUAAACAGAUUUUCCAUUUAAAAUGUAUGAAUGACAGCCAUGAAUCUCCAUCCUUUUGUUAGUUUUCAUAAUUUAAUCUCAGUUGAUUGUAUGUCUAAUUUCUCCAUACGGUGAACUUUAGAUGUUUGUACUUUGUUUUCCCUUAAACAUCACAUGGAUGACAUAGGUAUGUUUUAUGUGUAUUUAUGACCUUUUUAUUCCAUUUCACCAAUUAGGAUCUUGAGUAUUGAUGCUAAAAUGCAACUUUUCUUUCUCCUGAUAUUUGAUAGAAAUAUAUCAUUCACCGAAAUGUGAGAACUUGCUUCUGUUGAGAUUAAUUGUACUGUAAACGUUUUUUUUUUAACAACCCUAACGGUAAUUAAAAUGUUAA